CUUCCUGAUGAAGGCCGGGGACUUUAGCUCCGCCCUCUCCUCCUUCUUCUCUCCGCCCCCUGGGGUCUGCUGCCCCGUCUGCCGCCUAACGCCACGCCUCUUCACCCUCUACCUACGCAUCAUCACCACGGCAACCACGCCCAGCGCCACGCAGCCCCUCUCCCCCGACACUCCCUGGGAGGAGGUCAAAGAUGCUGUGGUUCCCAGGCAGGUCGAGGUGGUGAAGUUUGGCCUGAGGGUUCUGAAGAGCAACAUGGCUGUCUACAAGGACUCUCAGAGUUGGGCAAACUUUCUCCACGUGCUCAGUUCUCCUGCUGGUCCUCCUGACACAGCCUUUCUGACGGUGGCGAGAAACGUUACCAUGGAGAUCCUGCUGAACCAGGGAUCUCUGGGACACCUCAUCCAGAUACCACGGACCUUCCUGAUGGUGUAUCCAGACCAGGCCCUGUUGCUGUUGGUAACUCAGGCUCUGGCGCUACGGAUCCUCCACGAACCUCUGACCCCCGCUCUACCCGUCCUCAACUAUUACAAGGGUCAUGUGUGGGCCUUGAGGUGGCUUGUUGGGUUCCUGUCUUCGUCUCCUGGAAGACUGGAGUCCUUCCUCAGAGGGGUAGCAGUGGAGCUACACAACAGUGAUGGAUCCCAGCUGUCGCCCUCCUCCUUCCCUUCUUCCUCCCUUAAAGACCAGCCUGACCCCUUCUGGCACUACCUCACAGACUUAAUCAGAGAGACUCUAUCUGUAAUCCCGGACUGCCGCAGGCUGGACCUGGAUCAGACUGGAGUGUGACUCAGACUGUGUGUUUGUGUGCGUGUGCGAGAACAUCUCUCAACGAAGAAGAAGAAGACUAUGAUAAUAAUAUGUUUAUCUGACUGUUAAUAAGAUCUUUUAUGCCUUUUUUUUCUACAAAUAAACAUAUAAUUUAUUUAUCCGUAUUGUUGUUCCUGUGACACAAAAAUAAAGAUCUGUUUUACACGUAA